AUGGAUUUUCCCUCUUCACCCACUGUCGGGCCGCCCAAACGUGCCUUCGACGACGAACUCCUGCAAUCACCGACCGCGAAACGCGCUAAGCGGGCCAGGCCCAACAAGAAGGACCGCCUCAUCCAGACGGCCAAGAAGUCAAAUGGCAGUAUCGAACAAGAUGACCUGGCAAGCUCCGACAACAUCUCUGGCACAGGCAUCACCCAGAAGGAGACCCCAGUCCAUCCUCCUAUCCCUGUUGGGUUUUCGCUCCCGGAAACCUCCAAAGUUCAUGCAUCAAAGGCCGCCGAAAAGUCCCAAAACAGCGAGCCCAAGAAGAAGGGGCGCAAGAAGAAAGAACUAGAAAAGGAGCUCGAAGACGAACUCAAGGAUUUCAGGAGGAGCGAGUCCAAGAACAGCGAAGUGAAGAAGAAUGAGCUUGAGGCUAGCGCUACGAAGGACGCCGAAAAUGGCGUGAAGCGUUCCGGUGCCAUCGACAGCCCCAAAACCCAAGCCAAUACCCGCAAGAUCACGGCCGAGCCUAACAGCGAGCCUAAGCGCCCCUUCCACAACGGCAGCUCAGAGUUUCCCGCGGUUGCCGGCCCCUCCAAGAUCAAGAUCAAGAAGAAGCCGGCCUACGAGACUAGAGAGCUUACUCCCCUCAGCGACCUGGCCCCCAUCCCGGACUACACCUUCAAGGCCUACCCCAACCCUGGUGGUGGUGCGGGUGGUGCGGAUGGUGGUGGUGCGGAUGGGGAGGGUGGUGGUGGUGGUGUUAGUGGUGGUGGGGGUACGCCGCGGGCGGGUUCGGCUGCGGCGGCGAGGGGGAUUCGGGAGAAGUUGAGUAAGAGUAUGCUGCAGUCGCGCAAGACGCUGGAGCAGUGUCUGGCAAUUUAUACGGAGGAUAUGGACCGUGCGGAGACCCGCGAGGAGGUGGUAAAGUAUGGGGGUUUGGCGGUGCAGUAUGCGGGGGAUUUGUUCAAGACGCUGGGUUGA